GUAUCAAAUAUGUUUAAUGUUGCAGAGAGCAAUGGAAUUAAAUCCAAAAGAACCAACACUUAUGUACAUGCUUGGUACUUGGUGCUAUCAAGUUGCUGAUUUAACAUGGUAUCAAAGAAAAAUUGCAUCUGUAAUAUUUGGAGAACCGCCAUCUUCAUCAUUCGAGGAAGCUCUAAAAUAUUUUGAAACUGCAGAGGAAAUUGAUCCCAAUUUCUAUAGUCAAAAUUUAUUAAUGUUGGGAAAAACCUACUUAAAAUUGAAUCAAAAAGAGCUAGCUACGAAAUAUUUAAAAAUGGCCCUUGAAUAUCCUGCAAAGAACGAAGAUGAUCGAGAUGCUAAACAGGAAGCACAUAAGUUGUUAAAGAAAUUUUAACAAACUUGACAGAAGUUAUAAUCUAUUAUAUGAUAAAUUGGAA